UGCCACCAGUUGCUGUCGCUAUGUUAGCAAGUCAAAGUGGGGAGGACUGCUUUAGGAGGGCGGCGGGUUGCACGACUGCUGCCAAAGCAUUUGGAUAAGGCUGGUGCUUCAUUAUGCGGCGGGGGGAGCACGGUCCACGGGCUUUCCAGGCCCCAGUGGAUGUCCACGCCAGUGCAGAUGGCCAGGUUUACAUGUUCAAGAGGAGGCCGAAUGAGUCUACUGUAUCUUCGGACGAUGAGGAGCUCAGUGUCAUGGAGAUGAGGCCGCGGGUUUACCAAGAGCAGGAGCAGGACAGGCUGAGGAACGUCCAGCUGCUGGAGCGAGAGGUGUUAGAUGGUGACAAUCUCAACAAGCUUGCACUGCAGUAUGGCUGCAAGGUUGCAGAUAUAAAGCGGGUGAACAACCUUAUGCAGGAACAAGAUUUAUUUGCACUGAAAUCAAUCAAAAUACCAGUUCAGAAACACAGCUUUUUAACAGAGACUUACACAGACCUAAGAGACCCUCAAGAAGAAAUGCCACAUUCAUCUCCCACACCAGCAACGCAUCAGGAAAGAGCCAGAGCCCAACCACAUCUACAGGAGGUCACAGACUUUCUAAUGGAGGUGGACCACGAUAUCGAGAAACUGAUUCAGACCACGAAUGAUCAAAAUGAGGAUUUUUUGGAUAACUCAGAGAAACGGCAGAGGUUCGGUUUCAGAGGACACCGCCUGACCUGUCACGGUGCAGACUGGGGCAUCCAGUGGUGGAACGCUGUAGUUGCCAUGCUCCUGAUAGGCAUCGUUCUGCCACUGUUUUAUGUCAUUUAUUUUAAAACAAAAGAUAAUGGAGUAGUUACACCCACAGAUAGUAGUGGUGCUCUACAGUCAUCCAUCACCUCUUCAAACACCUCAGGGCCAGGCCUUGGCAAAAGAGGACUGGGGCAUUUUCAAGAACCAGGAUAGUGCAGAGUCGAUUCUCAGAAAACCAGAAUCAUUAUUUAAGACUGUUGGGUUCAUGGUCUCAGAAGGUGACAAUCGAGAUACAGCUAAUUUUAUUAACAUCUUAGUGCAAUACCACCAUGUAUCUACUGUCCAUCAGUGAAUUUUACCAUUUAUAUUAUACUCUAACUGUGACACUUGAGGCAAAUACUUCAGUGACUGUCUUUAAGUGAAAUGGCUGCACAAUCAUAAUUUUUGUGACAAUUUAGAAUGCUAACAUUUCAUCAAGCAGCCUUCGUAGAGAACCAUUUACUGAAAUACUACUCAUGACACUGUUUAUUCUUUGCUUUGAAAAACUUUGGAUGUUUGUUGGGAUUGCCGUUCAUCAGGUACUAUAUUUGAUGAUUUAAAAGGUUAAGCAAACAUCAGCAGUGGGUUGCACCAGCUAUGCAUUAAGUUUAGAUGUAGCCUAGUUUCAGUGUAAUUUCUAACUUAAGACACCUGCUGCUAACAUUUUAAGGGUUGCAUUAACUGAAAUAGCAACAUAGGCAUACAUUUACUGUGUGGCAUACAACUUAAAUUUUAUACCUAACCCUAAGUAGCUGUUAAGUCCUCUGCAAAAUAGGGGUUGGUAUGGCACAUCGUUUUGAAAGGUGGGAUAACUUGAUCUUGUCUGCAACACUCUCCAUGAUAGUACGCAAACUACUCCUUUAAUAGCACACCAACAUCAACAUCAGCAUUGCACUGUGAUAUAGUCAUAAUCCUUUGUCCUGGUAACAUACCUUUUUGUAGUUGUCUGGUGAUUUUAGCUAUUUCUAGCGAUUAGCCUCUUUGCUAUUACGUGCCAAGUGUACAAAUACAAUUGGCCAUGAGAGACAACACAGUAAUAAACACUGCAUUAAGAAUAGUGCUGAUUGGCCACAGGAAGUUAAAAUGUCAGUCUGCUACAAUAUUUUGGUUAGUUUGGACUUUGUGCCAGAUUAGUAAUUUUGCAUCUCUGUGGUGCAACCAACAAAUAAUCAACAUUUAUUGUGGAGUUUGCACCUUAACUUAAGAGAGAACUUGUGUAUAGCUGGUGCAGCGGGUCUAUAGGCAUUUCUUUACAGUCUUUACCACAAUCUGCCUUUUCACCAGUGCCUGUUGUCCGUAACAACACAUGAAGUAACAUAUCAGUGUUAGUAAGUCACCAAAACUGAGGUUGAAUUGUAUUUGACAUGGGUUUGAGCAUUAUUUUUUUGCCAUGUAUGAUGUAACUUAUUCUUUGUGUCUGUGUGUUUAUUGUUAAGUUAUUGCUAUGCACGCCAUGCCUUCUCUGUGGGUCUGAAUGCAGUGCCAAAAGUGUACAUUGUGUUUACAGCAAGAAUUGGGUGCAAUAUACUUUAUCCUGUUGGAUUGUACGUGUUCGAAACCUUGCAGUCUGUCAAAUACACGGUAUUACACUCUGAAAA